AUGAAGCUUGCCACAGCCGCCAUGGCGCUCUUGGCGCAGACGGCUCUGUGCGACCGCGUUUUGCACGCCAGAGAAGCCAAGGCGCAAAAGGACGAGUGCAGAGAGGGCAAGACGGCGUGCGGCGAUGGCAAUGGGUGCUGCCCGCGGGGAGCCCAAUGCACGCAAAGCAAGGGCGUGGGCGUGUGCGCCGACGCUUGCGAGGGUGCGACGCUGUUUUGCAAUUUUGGCGGAGGCGUGACGCUGUGCUGCCAGCCGGGCGCGUCCUGCGACUACGCGCGGAGCGUGUGCACGCAGCAGAAGAGGGAUGCGGGCGGCGUGUGGACGGCGGCGUCCACAACGACGUCGGAGGAGGGGACGCGACUACCGACGGCGCCGGCGUUUUGCAGUACGGAGGAUGUGUCCUCUACAGGAGCGGCGGCGACGACAACACGGCAGACGAGUAGUCAGUCGAGCUCGGAAGCGGCUAGCGCGUCGGGGUCCGCCACGAGCACAUCGGGCGGCGGCGGCGGCGGCGUUGGCGUGACGCCGACAAAGAGCCCAAAGGACAGCGGCAGCGCGGUCGUGGCGAGCUGGAGUGCGGGCGUGCUUGCGGUGGUUUUCGGCAUCAUGGUGGCGCUAUCGAUGGGCGCGCGUGAGGUAGGCGAGGUCGAUGCACAAUGGGAGAGGCGACGAACGGGCAUGCUGCCUGUCGCACCUCGCAGUACCACCACCACCACCAUGAUUGAGUUUGAUCCUGAUCGCGUCCCGCCCAUCAAGCUCGGCCUCCACAUCGCCCAAAUUGUCCUGGCAUUUGUGCUCUGGGUGCUGGAGAUUGUCGUCUUCACCGGCAAGGGCUCCAAGGUUGUUGGCAACAAUGGCUGGACGUUUGCCGCCUUCUUCAUAUCUAUUCCCAUAUGGCUAUUUCUCAUUAUGACGCCUCGGUUCGAGCGCACGCGACGUUUCGCCAACGUGCACGCCAUGUUUGCCGUCGACAUCUUUGGCAUCAUCCUCUGGCUCUCUGCCUUUGCGACUCAGGCCGCUUAUAACUCGUCUGGCCUCUGCGGUAACCGAUGCGGUAUCAGCAAGGGCGUUGUAGCCAUUGGCGUCAUCAUCACUCUCCUCUUUGGUGGCAGUACUUUCAUCAGCGGCUACACCAUGACCUACUACAAGUUCCACGGCAGUCUACCCGGCUACAGCAACCGCAAGAUUCGUGGUGGUAGCAACGACAUUGACCCCGACAAGGAAGCCUUCUCCAUGGCGCCCCACGGCGACGAGGCCUAUGAACGCGUCCACAUGGAUGACCAUGACCACGACGGCCCCAGCGCCGGCGCCGGCAGCUACAGCAACCGCUACGGCGCUGAUCCCAACCCGUACAGCGGCGGACACUACGAGGAGGAAGACCCUAAUCGCUACGGCGCCGUGCCCCCACGCGGCAAUGCUGGCGCCUUCUUCGACAGCGAGACCCAGUAUCACUCUGGCGGUGGUGCCGGCUCCCCGCCUCCGGUGGUGCCCGCCGCCUCCCCUUACCGCCCACCUGCUGUGGAGGACGUGCCGGUCCACUUUCCCCCGGCCAACUAUGAUCGUGUUGAUCGGUAA